AUGUAUGACUUACCUUAUGUCAAAGAAAUAUUCGCAUCGCGGUUAUCAACAAUUUUACUCUAUGUAAAAGAAAUACUCGAAUCGCUGCAAUCAAAUUUACUUUAUGUUAAACAAGAAUUCCAAGAGACUGAAGUAUUCGCAUUGCUUUUAGAUGCCGUUGAUGUUUUUUUAAAGCUAAUAGAACUUAACAUGAACAAAGCCCGAUCAUUUCUAUUUAAUAAAGUCCUAUCUGAAGAAGAAAAUCUACCAGGACUUACUGCAAAGAUAUUGACAUUAGUGGUUGUGACUCUGGUGGUGGUAAUUGUGGUAAAAGCAUUGGUAGCAAGAUCCAAAAAAAUGUCCUCCGUCAAUUUGGUGAAGGCAAAAUCAAUAAGACAAUCUUCACUUCAUAUUCCCCGACCUUUACAAUGGCAUGCAUAUGUGUGGCCCUUUGUUUGCCUUUACAUAAUAUGGCUAUGCAUAUAUUUGUUUGCAUAUGACGAAUUUCUUGCAUCAGAAGAAUGGACAUUUUUAACACUUGGUAGUUUAAUUACCACCAACGCAUUAUUAUUUUUGAGUUGUCAAUGGAGUGUUCGACUGAAAGCCUUCUUCACGUGUAAAGGUGUUAAGGUUAAUGAAAUUCAUAAAGCACGAGUCAUAAAGAUUAUACCGGCGCCUCAUAAAGGCAAAGGAGAGAUUUGCCCGUUACAUCAUGCAGAAAAUGGCGAAAUAUCAUUUCAGUAUCAAAAGAGAAAAUUUAUUUGGGAUGAAGAUCGCAAGGAAUUUUAUAAACUAGCGUAUCCAAGUGAUGCCGCUACGCUGCUUCGAGACUACCAAAAUCACAACGGGUUACAAAGCAACGAUGAGAUAGAUGCAACCAAAGAGAAAUACGGGUUCAAUAGGUUUGAAAUUCCUCUACCUACUUUUCGUGAGCUUUUCAAAGAACACGCGGUUGCUCCAUUUUUUGUUUUUCAAUUAUUUUGUGUCGGACUGUGGGUGAUGGAUGAAUAUUGGUACUUUUCAGUGUUUACGCUGUUUAUGCUAGUGGCGUUCGAAUCGACUGUUGUUUUUCAGCGUUUAAGAACUCUGGCGGAAUUUCGUUCAAUGUCAAUUAAACCAUAUAAUAUUCAUGUAAGAAGGAAUCGUCACUGGAUAACAAUCAAUACAGAAGAACUUUUGCCCGGUGAUUUAGUCUCAAUAGUUCGUUCUAAGGAAGACUCAGGUGUUCCUUGCGAUAUGUUGAUUUUAAAUGGUUCAUGCAUUGUUAAUGAAGCUAUGCUUUCUGGUGAAUCGACGCCUUUAUUGAAGGAAUCGAUUGCUCUUCGUGAUGGUAACGAUAUUUUUGACAUGAAUGGCGUCGAUAAAAACAAUGUUCUAUUUGGUGGCACAAAAGUUCUUCAGGUUACUCCACCUCCCAAGGAGGAUCCUUUAUCAGCCCCAGAUAAUGGAUGCAUUGCAUACGUCCUUCGUACUGGUUUUGGCACCGUUCAAGGGAAACUAGUUCGCACUAUGGUAUAUAGUACCGAACAUGUUUCUGCCAACAAUUUGGAAGCGUUCCUAUUCAUUCUUUUCCUUUUGGUAUUUGCAUUGGCUGCUGCUGGAUAUGUUUGGGUUAAAGGUGUCGAAAAUGAUCGAAAGAGAUCAAAACUUUUAUUGAACUGCAUAAUUAUUGUUACAUCGGUGGUACCACCCGAAUUGCCAAUGGAACUUUCUUUAGCUGUGAAUACAUCUUUAGUAGCAUUAGCUAGAUAUGCAAUUUAUUGUACCGAGCCGUUCAGGAUUCCAUUCGCGGGAAAAGUUGAUGUUUGCGCAUUUGAUAAAACUGGAACACUGACCGGAGAAAAUCUUGUAGUUGAGGGAAUCGCCGGAAUUAAUCCUAGUGAUCCCAAAAUUUUAAUUAGUCCUACGGAGGCAUUAAGAGAAACAAUACAGACACUCGCCGCUGCUCAUGCAUUAGUUCUUUUGGAUGAUGGUAUUGUCGGCGAUCCAAUGGAAAAGGCAACAUUAGAAGCAUUGGAAUGGAAACUUUUAAAAGGUGACAUUGUUGCUCCGGACAAUUCUCAGUCCGCCCGCUUCCAACAACGUUCUCAACUUCAAAUACGCCGCCGCUUCCAAUUCUCUUCUGCACUAAAACGGAUGUCAAGUGUGUCGACACUUUCAACUCCAAGGAAUUCAAAGACUUUUGUCGCUGUCAAAGGUGCACCUGAGACAUUGCGUCACAUGUUCGUGUAUGUACCGGAUGACUAUGAAGAGACAUUUAAAUUUUUUACGCGUCGUGGGAGUCGUGUUCUUGCAUUAGGCUACAAAUAUUUGCCGGUUAAUUUGAAUACUGAUGAGAUAAAUGACUUGACACGAGAAUCGGUUGAAAGUAAAUUGAAUUUUGCUGGAUUUUUGGUAUUUCAUUGUCCAUUAAAAGAUGAUGCCGUUUCUACUCUCGUUAUGUUGAAUGAAUCCGCUCAUCGGUGCAUUAUGAUUACUGGUGAUAAUCCUUUAACCGCCUGUCACGUCGCAGAAACAGUUAAAAUAAUCGAAAGAGAUGUAUUAAUCUUAGAUUUACGUGAGGAAGCCACAAGGGAUGAUGAUCUCGUUUGGAAGUCGGUUGAUGAGAAGACCAUAAUUCCUGUGAAUCCAGACGAUCCUAUAGAUCCGAAAAUCUAUGAAGAUUAUGAUAUAUGUCUAACUGGCGCAGCAUUGUCUUGUUAUGAAAAUAAGCCACACGUCAAAGAUCUACUUGAACACUCAUGGGAAUUUAUCCUGCAUGGACUUAAACAAGCAGGGUAUAUAACAUUAAUGUGUGGUGAUGGUACGAAUGAUGUAGGAGCUCUUAAACAAGCUCAUAUUGGUGUUGCUCUUCUUGAUGGCACAAUGGAAGAUUUGAAAAAAAUUGCAGAGCAUCAAAAAACACAACGACUAAAAGACAUACGCCCUCCACCACAAGUGGAUCGAUUAGCAGAACAAUUAUUAGGCGAUCUUGACGAAGAGCCACCUACAAUCAAAUUAGGUGACGCAUCAGUAGCUGCGCCUUUUACUUCUAAACUUGCUAAUGUGUCUGCAAUAACAAAUAUAGUACGACAAGGUCGUUGUACGCUUGUCGCGACGAUUCAAAUGUACAAAAUUCUUGCUCUGAAUUGCCUGAUUUCCGCAUACAGUCUAAGUGUAUUACAUUUAGAAGGGAUAAAAUACGGUGAUUUUCAAGCCACAAUUUCAGGCAUGAUGCAAGCAGUAUGUUUUCUUUGCAUCUCGAAAGCCAAGCCACUUGACAAACUCUCGAAAGAACGACCUCAAGUAAAUAUAUUCAAUUUUUAUAUAAUCCUGUCGAUCUUGGGUCAAUUUGCCGUGCAUAUCGCGGCAUUGGUAUAUGUUGUUGAUUUGGUGUUUAAAUUUGAAGA